AUGAAAUUUAAUCUUUUCUUGUUUUUCUUAACUUUCGUCCUCGUUAUUGCUACGGCUUCGGCGAUACCAGCUGGUUUUGAAGGUGGAAAUGCUUUAGACAAACGUGGCGGUUCUUGUGAUUUCUUUGGUGACUGGGGGUGUAAGGCCAGCUGUCGUUCUCAUAAUGGUAUAUGUUGUCCAUGUAAUAUCGCUGGUAGAAAGUGUUAA